AUGGAACGUGCAAGUCGACAUAUUUUGGCCUUUAUGAAUGUGUUCACCGAGGCGAUCGAUUCGUUGAACGGCGGGGAUCGGGAACAAUUCUACGAACGAAUGAUGCUACUCGGUGCCCGGCAUGCCGCAAUCCCCGGUAUGAAAACGGAAUAUUUCAAGGCAAGUGCGUGCAUGUGCACGCCUGGUUCGCCAGCGGCGGUGGAUGUUGUACUCACCACAUGCAUGGUUUUCAAACAAGCCAUCUUGAUGACUUGGGAGAGUUUAAUGUAUGAAGAAUUCACCGAUGACGUUCGCAGGGCCUGGGCUCAUCUGAUCGAUCAUAUCAUUGGCAUACUGAAUGAAGGUUGCCUCGUUUUUGAAGAGGAAGAGGAGAAGAUUCUAUUGGAGACACAACCGGGGCAUCGAGCAUCGGACGGUCAGCUAUUGCACUACGGGAAAGACACGCGCAGGCGAAGUGGUCAGCCUAGUGUGGUUAGCAUGACCCCGGAUGAGCUGGCUCAUUUUUAUUCUCUGUGUAAAUAG